UGCCUGGUCUCCGCGCUCCACAACCCACAGCUCCAACCCGUAGACUGGCCAGAGAGGGGGGGCAGCGAGACAGAGAGCUCUCUGCUUGCGGGCUUGCAGUGGCUGGGGAGCGGGGCGUGUGUCGGAGCCGACCCCACUCACCCCUGCGACUGCGGUGGAGAGUGCUGGGACUCAGUGGAAUUGGCUGCGUUGUUUCUUCCGCCUACAACCAGUCUCUCUCUCUCUCUCUCCCUCUCUCUCUUUCUUAUUCUCUCUCUUUCUCUCUCUCCUCCUCUCUCUUACCUCCUCUCCCUAGCCCUCUCCCUCUCCCUGACGUUUUUUAACUCCUGAAUUUUUCUUGCCUCUCUGGCGUCAGCCAUGUCGCUGAAAGUACAGACCAGCAACAUCACCAACAAGAACGACCCACGCUCCAUCAACUCCCGCGUCUUCAUCGGGAACCUCAACACGGCGGUAGUGAAGAAAUCUGACGUGGAGACCAUCUUCGGGCAGUUCGGCAAGGUGGUGGGCUGUUCGGUACACAAGGGCUACGCCUUCGUGCAGUACACAAACGAGAGGACGGCUCGUGUCGCUGUGGCCGCAGAGAACCGGCGGGUCCUGGCUGGACAGACCCUCGAUAUUAACAUGGCCGGGGAGCCCAGGCCCAACAGACCCAAGGGACUGAAGCGACCCAGUUCCGCUUUGUACAGCACCAGCUACGACUUUGCUUACGAUUACUUCAGGGAUGAUUUCUACGAAAGGAUGCACGAAUAUUCGAGUCGACCCUCUCUGGUCCCCAGGGCUGUCCCGGUGAAACGGCCUCGUGUGAUUGUCCCCGUGCUCCGUCGAGGGAAGUCCAACCUCCCGCUGAAGCUGAUGACCCGUUCCAGCACAAUGGCAAAGAACGCUAACAAGUUAAAACUGAAAUCCAAUGAGCUACAGCGGAUCAAAGUCGAGCUGACACAGAUCAAGUCCAACAUUGACUCGUUACUGGUGAGACUGGAGGAGAUCGCGAAGGAGAAAGUCAGUCACACAGAGUCGAGGAAGAAGGCAGAUGAAGGACAGACUGAGGCGUCUCACGGAGAUUCUACUUCAGAAACUGCAGAGACAGUCACGGAGGAGGCAUUUGAGGUGGAGGAGGUGGACACUGUCGAUCUGGAGCAGGAAGAGGCAGCGGCAGAGGAUGAUUGCGAGGAGGAGAUGGAGGCUCGUCACAGAGCAAUGGCAGAGGCAACGUUAGAAUAGAAGACUGAAAGCCAGUGGUUCCCAGCAGGCAACAAGUAACGGGGGGAGCGAUGGAAACGGACUGAGCCUCGUGUCGCUUAAUUAACCGAGAAGCCACCAAAGGACAUCAGUGUUUCACCUCAGCUAGACCAGGAGGAUGGGGACAUCUGAAAACAUUUGGGCAUUCCCACAUCACUGGGCAGAUGAUUAAAACAAAACCUGUUUGUGCCUCAGGAUUGGCUGCAAGAAAUACCGUGCACAAAGAUCAAACUGAUGGCCAAUCAAUCGCCUGUAAUGCUCUGGGAUAAUCAGUAGAUGUCAGAUUACUCAUUCAUAAGUUGUAUUCUCUUGGCAUGUACAGUACUGUUGUCAAUCUGCAUCAUUCUCGAGAAUAUUACCAAUCUGGAUUACUUUGUCGAUGAGGGAGAAUAAACCACCUCUUUCAAAUUUUUAGACUUGAGGAACUGCAGAUGCUGGUUUACAAAAAAAAUACAAUGUGUUGGAUUAACCCAGCAGGUUAGGCAGUAUCCCUGGAGAACAUGGACAGGUGACCUUUCAGUUCAGGACCUUUUGUGUCUUUUCAGCACUUUGUGUCCUUUCAAAUAAUUAUUUCUUUCAUCAUAGUCCGUUUGGCGUAACAGUGCCAGCCCUUGCCUGUGGGUUCCCAAUGGCAUGUUAUGGAAGAGUGCUGCCCACACUAGUUCCAUGUUGUCCCAGUUUCUCAUCCACUCCCUGAACACUAAGGUCAAUUUACAGAGGGCCAACUAACCUACAAACCCACACGUCUUUGGGAUGUGGGAUGAAACACCCGGAGGAAACCUACACGGUCGUAGGGAAGAACGUGCAAACUCCACACAGACAGCGCCCGAGGUCAGAAUCGAAUCCUGGGCCUCUGGCACUGUGAGGUAGCGGCUCUACCCGCUGCACUACUGUGUUCUUACUGACCUGCCUCUUUAGCCAUUUACCAACACAGAACUAGUGUGAAUGGGUGAUCGAUGGUCGGCAUGGAAUCGAUGGGCGAAAGGCCUAUUUCUAUGCUGUAUCUCCAUAAACACUCUCCUGUAAUGUUAUCAUCUCCUCCAGUUGGACAUUUGUUGAACAUAGAACCUCCCACCUCCUUCCCUCAAUGGCAAAUCCAUAUUAGCCAAAUGGAAAGUGAAUAAAGACCGCAUUAUCUGA